UUCAAUGCAAACAUUUAAAAGUAUUUUGUUUAGCAAAAUACAUAGUGAAAAUCAAAUUUAAAGUACAGAUAGAUUCAACCUUCACAAUUUUAUCUUACAAGAUCAAGUUACUGAUAAACAAUAAAUCAGCACUAUGUAAUACCAUGUGUUACUAUCAAUCAAUUAUAUUUCAGUCCAACCUGUAUAAUAUUGAAUGCACCGAGAGAAAAUGACGGGUAUAUUUGUUCUUUUUGAACCUUGAUGACUUUCAUUGACUUCCGCUCAAACUCCUAUCUUUCAAAUAACAGGUACUUCAAGACAGUUUGCUACGCAAGGCCGUAAAGGCGAACAGUUAGCAACACGGUAUUCGGCACAACUGGCUGCUUUCACUUUUGCUUCGCCUGCUUGUAUAAAUCCUAGUAUCCACAUAGGAUCUGGAAGAUUUUUUAACGUCAAUUAUUUUUUACGGGAUACGCCAUGCGAUUUGUGAUACCCCUGUUUUUCCUUAUUACCAUGGUGGUUCAUAUCCUUGGAUAUGAUCCUGAGGACGAUUCAUUGAAGGAUAUAUUGUUACCGGAAGGUCAAUUUGAAGCCUUUUAUCUGAAGGGGCCGCAGGGUGAGCAACAAAAUGCUGCAAGACCAGCUCAUCUUCAUGGAUCCUUCAAUCAGUAUAGAAAUCCUGCUCUUGUCGGCGUCCCUAACAGUGCCGCUUAUGGUUUCCGGUUCGAUGGAAAGAGACGGUUUAAUUAUGAUUGAUAGUAUACUAGAUAUGUAUACUAAUCGUAAUGAAAAUAUGAUUCACUUUCAAAUAAAAUAAUUACCUCAAAUUUA